AUGGCGUUGACCACCGAUCUCUCCUCGCACCUCGCCCUGGUGACCGGGGCGACAGGCGGCAUCGGAAAGGCGACGUGCCUCGCCCUCGCGCACCUCAAGUGCUCCAUUGCCGUGCACUACCACAGCGCGUCCGACACGGCAGAGUCCCUAGUCGCGCAGCUCAAGGGGAUGAACGUGCGCGCCUCGGCUUUCCGUGCGGACCUGUCUUCCUACGACGAGACGCGCGCUCUGCACGCCAGUGUGGUGCGAGAACUGGGCCAUCCGACCAUCCUCUUCAACAAUGCCGGGUCGACCAUGGGCCUGUCCCGGAUCAAGGACGUCAGCGAGGUAUCCGUGGAGGACUUUGAAAAGACGUGGAGAGCCAACUGUGGGACGGCAUUCCUGCUCACCCAGUUGUGUCUCCCCAAAAUGAUCGAGGCCGGCUGGGGAAGGGUGUUGUUCUGUUCCAGCGUCGCCGGCUUUACCGGGGGGGUAGUGGGACCGCAUUAUGCAUCGUCGAAAUCGGCUCUGCACGGUCUGGUGCAUUGGCUGGCAGGCGCUUAUGCAAAGUCUGGCGUCACCAUCAACGGCGUCGCUCCAGCGUUGAUUGAAGAGACCAAGAUGUUACCUGGAGGAUCAUCCGAAUUGUCUGCCAAGAUCCCCAUCGGCAGACUGGGCAAGCCCGAGGAAAUCGCAGAGACGGUGCUGUGGAUCGUCAAGACGGGCUAUGUCCACAACAAAAUCAUCGCCGUCGAUGGCGGCAUGUUCAUCCAGUGA